AUGUAUUAUGCUCCUUCCAGACCAAUAGAAAUAGAAAAGUUUCCAAAAGGAUACAUAAAACCGACUGGAUAAAACCUAGAAUUUCUCUAACGACCACCAGAAGACAAUCGUAGAAUUUAAGAUUAUUAUGGAAAAGUUGAGGAUCUGCAUGUUCAAUAAGAUAGACCAUAGAAGGUGAUUAUACAAGGAACUUCUGAAUAACCUGAAUAAUUACCAUAAGAGAAAAAAUAAGAAAAUGGAUCAAAGGAUAACUAAAACCAAGACCAAAAUGCUGGAUCUAAUGUCAAUCCUUAAAGAGUGGUGCCUCAAGAGAAAUUUUAGAGUGCUCCCUAUAAUACAAUAUACACUGAUGAAAAUAUUUAUAAGCCGGUAGGAACUCCCUAAAAUUUUGCAUAAAGCAUACUGCAACCUUAAGGAAGUAGAAUAUCUCAAUCAAACAUAAGGGGACCUGAUAGAGGAUAUGUUCAUGGCUUCAGAGGAUUUUCUUAAGAUUUUUAAGAACCAGGGUUUGGUUAUUUUCCUUAGGAUUUUCGAGAUGAUAUCCCUUCAGAAGAACUAGGGUUGCCUCUUUCAGGAUAUAGAAGGAUGGCUUCUCCUGGAAUAUUAAGCGAUUGCAGGCGAGGAAUUCCAGAACCAAUAUUAAGUAAAAGAUAUAAUGGUAGAGAAUUGAGAGGUCAAUGUUCAUAUAGAGUUUUUCCAAUAAAUGAUUUUAGAAGAGGACCUCCUGUUGAAUACUAUGGACCUCCUCCAUAGUUGAAUGAGAGAAAUGGUUAACCAUUCUACGAAAGAGGAUAUCCAUAUUUCGAUUAUGAUAGAUAGAGAUUUGAACCUCCAUUUGAAUAGAGAACAUUUUAUGAUCCUCGCGCUGUUCCUCCUCCUGAUUAUUAUGUGCCAGAAUAUCGAGGAUUUCCGCCUAUUGGAAUGUAAAGAGAGUUCAACGAGAGAGUCCACUACAACAGAAGUUUACCUUAUUAGGAUAGACUAUAUCCUCCUUCAUAUGGGAGAAUCAAUUAGCAGUUAGUAAUGGAGGGGAGACCAGAUUACAAUUAUGAUAGGUUUUAUCCUCCUUAUGAAGAGAGAGCAAAUGAGUAAAAUCAGAGAAUCAAAUAGGUUUGA